GUGUUACCCUCCUCUCCUAGUCUUGAGUCCCCUCAUCCUCCGAUGAGUAAUUGCUCCCUUCGCUUCGAUUUACGUUCUGACCCUCCGCCAUUGAAACCCAGAACAAAAGGAAUGAGUACCGUUCAAAUUUCAUGCAACCAAACUUUCCCUUUUCAUGAUUCACGAAAACCCAGACCAAUUUUCAGAAAAACCAAUGGAACACAGAAACGAAAACCUCUCGAAAGGCCCAUGUUCUUUUUGGUGCAACUCGGAACGCCAUAUUCAUUCUCUGACGAAACUACAAAAUGCCAGAAAGAGAAAUACUGUAGCAAAUAUCCAUAAACACACUGUGGUUAGCAUCAGAAGUUGAGAGAGUACUGUUUCUCCGAUUUAAUUCUUUAGUUAGAAUUAAAUUUAGAGAUUUAGGUAUUGUUUGGAUUGGAGGUGUCAGACAGAGAGGGAGGGGAAGGGAUGGGGACGGAUGGCAAAGGAGGGGAAGCGAGGGGGGGCUAUCUCUUUCCUCCUGUUUGGGUUUCCAAAAAGGCAGAAGGAGAGGUAGAUGGACUGAUUCGGACUCCCUCCAACCACCCUCAAACUGUAGAUUUGCAAUUCGCCCGAUUUGGGGGGUUUGGGAGGGAUUUGAGUGACUGUUUAGAUUAAAUUAAAUGUAAUUACAAAAUUAACCUUAAUUUUUUUAUUAUAUUCUUCUCCAUUACAAGCUUAAAGGAUAAAUUUGUAAAUUUAAAAUUAAUUUAAAUCUUUCCCUUCCUUCCCUUCCUUUUACCUUAAUUAUCCAAACAUAAAAUAAUACAAUCCUUCCCUUCCCUUCCCCUUCCUCAUUUUUAUUUAUCCAAACAAAAUUAACACAAAUCA